UGUAUUUUGUCACUUGGAAAAAAAGAAAUGAAUAUUUUAAAUCUCGAAAAGUUUUCAAGUAAAAUAGAUAAGAGAUAACGAUUAUGUUUGAUAAAAUAUAUUGAGUGAAAAAUAUCUAUUUUUAGACAGGGACUGUGGGUUUUAUAUUAUUUUGUGAUAUUUAGGAUUGCAUUGAUAAGCUUUGUCGUACUGUCAUCUGUCUUGUAAUUGAGGUUGGAAUAUUGAAGAAUAUUUACAAUUAUAAAACGUUACGCCUCUGUAUUUUUCAGUUAUUGUUAUUACUUAUUUCUUAUUAGUUUUGUGAAUUUAUUGCUAUACGAUAUUAAGAUGAACAAUAAAGUUUUUAAUAUUUUCAAUAUUAAUAAAAAAAAAAAUGAUGAAUGCGUAGUGCCCGUAGUGGUCAAAGAAACUUCCAUAGUAGAAGCUGAAGAGCCCGUAAUAGCACAGAAAAUACAGCCGAAUAGCCCUAAUGAUUUAGGUGAUAUUCACACCGGGCCAUACCGACCAAUAUUACAGGAUCUGUUUCAAAUUGAUACUGAUACAUUAAUGGCGGAAAUGACUGUUGCAAAAAAUGCUUUUCAAACUGUGUAUCAAGAUCAGGUAUUAGGUGAUCCAGAGCAAAUGAAAAGUAUCAUAAAUGAAGCUACUUUUCCAAAUCUAUACAAACUCCUUGGUGUUGCAUAUACUUUGCCAAUAAGUAGUGCAACUUGUGAAAGGUCAUUUUCUGCGAUGAGGCGAGUCAAAACAUGGUUACGGUCUACUAUGAUACAAGAACGGUUUUCAAAUUUAUCUAUCAUUCAUAUUGAGAGAGACAUAUCAAACAAUAUUAACAGUGAAGACAUUUUAAACGAUUUUUCAAGUGCUAACAAUAGAAAAAUACCGUUAAUUUAUUAAAAUGUUACCUACUAUAAAAAGUUGACUUGUUUUCUUUUUUCUUACUCUCAUAUUAGAGGUAAACAAAUUUAGUUAUAAUAAUAAUUAAUAUUACAUUUUUAAGAAACUAGUAAGAUACUAAUUACUAGUGGUUGCUAUAAAAUGUUGAGUAGAGUAUACCAUUUUUAUGAUGGUAUUUAUGGACUAGGGGGGGAUGGCACCCCAUGGGAUAUUUUAAGUUCAUAGGUUUGUUAGGAGGGCUGUAGCCCCCCCAUAAUUUUAACCCUAGUUGCGCCUAUGCUACAGACUAAAUAAAUAACCGGCCGAACACUAGAACAUGGCCUUAACCGGCCAAACCGAGACCGAAUGACAAGUCAAGACUAAUAUACCCACGCGUACGAUAUAUUAUUGUCUCCAUUUUACUGACGCACAUCAUCUAUGUUUUAUACUAACCCCUUAAUGAAGUUCAGCGGUUUCGAUUUUUUAUUGUUAUAAAUUAAAUAUUAGAGUGAAUUUGUCUAUUAUCAAACUUAAAGGUAAAAACAUUAUCUAUGUACCUAUUUAGUAUUUAGUAUUUUCAUUAGACGUAGACAACAUGUGUGAGUACGUCAUUUUAAUGCGUGAAAUACAAAAUCAACAACAAAAUUUCAAAAUCGAUUUUAGAUCAAGUCAACUGCAAUCCAAAAAUCAAUAAACUACAAAAUUAAAUUUUGUGAACUUGAAGAAAGAUAACAAAUGCAUAGGAUAUGUAGAUAGUACCAAUUGAUUAAUAUGAAUAUAUAAUCAAAAUACCUAAUAAACAGUAGAACAUCGAUUAUCCGAACUUCUAUUAUGUGAACUCUUCUCUAUUAUUCGAACGUCAAUACGCUUGAUGAAUUGAUGGUUGAGACUCGUUUGCGCACGGAAUUGUGAACAACGGAAUCCUGUUAAUAGGUAUAGUUUUGGGAGUACAAGUGUCUUAAAGUAUAACGAUUAUUUUCAAUCGUGGUAUCUCAUAAAUUUCUACCAUAAUGAACUUAUAUCAAUGCAGUCAAUAGGAAAAAAAUUAAGUGUAAAAAUAUUUAAAAGAAUACUCAAAAAAUGAUUCUGAAAUUGGAAUGUGACUUAAAUAUUUUUUCGGUUUACCUUAUUUAGACCCUAAUGACGUUCUAGACGCAUUUACUCAAAUAAUUUCAAGAGCUCCAUGUAACAUAAGUAUGGAUUUAUUAUAUACGAUAUACUACGGUAAUUUGGGGCCUUUAGUUAAAGUAAAUUUAAUUCCCGUGAAAAAAAAUUGAAUAUCUAAUUGCUUUUUUCAAAUUAAAUUAGUGUUAAAUCACUUAAAUCUAUGCGCAGUUUAGAUAUAAACAUGUUAGUUGACAAGUUUGCCUAUAAAAUGCUAGAAGAUCGUAGAAAUUUAAAUAAAAUAAUUCAGCAAAAUUUAGUUAUUUAUACAUUAAGUAAUAAUUGUGUAAUAUUAAAUAAAUAUUGUUAUUUUUUAUCAUAACAAAAUUUUAAUUAAAAUAAGUGAUUUACCUAUAUUAGAUUAAUGUUUUUAUACUAAUAUACCUACUUAAACAAUAUUUUAGGGGCCCAUUUUUGCGGAUGGCCCAAAUCUCUAUCUCGAUGUGCGUACCUAAAUAUUAUAAUGUGAUAAAUUUUUGAAAAAAUAUAAUCGUAAAUAUAAAAUAUGUAAAUGUUUUUAUUUAUAUAUAAUAAUGUAAUAAGUAAUAAUAUUCAAUUUAUUAACUAAAACAAUUUCUACUGUACCUACAAAUUAAAAGUUUUAAUUUUAUAGGUAUGGUGUUGGUAUAUUAAUAUCCUACUUAUUUGUGUUUGUAGUUGAAACUCUAAUAACCAAUUUUACUACCUAUAAUAGGAAUACACUUAACAUUAUUAAUACGUUAUAAAAAAAUUAACAUGUAUUUUUUUUCAUGU